GAGCUGGAUGGAGGCGGGACCUGCCCCAGGGAGGGGAGGGCUUUGUGCAAUCUGGCUCCUCCCACCUGGCUCAGUAUAUCAGUUCCCUGCAGAACCCGACCCAGAGCAGCUCCUUUGGAACCAUCACAAGAUGUUGGGGCUCUGGGGGCUGUUUUUCUUCCUGCUGGGAUGUGUGCAAGGGGAGCCGGUCUGUUACGACAAGAUCGGGUGUUUCAGCGACGAGAAACCAUGGAGCGGAACGUUAGAGCGGCCAAUAGCGAGGCUGCCCAGCUCCCCGGAACAUAUCAACACUCGCCUCUUAUUGUUCACUAGAGAAAAUGCUGAAAACUUCCAAGAGCUCCGCCCCUUGAACCCCUCGGCAGUGUCACUGACAAACUUCAAGACCAGCAGGAAGAGUCGAUUUAUUAUCCACGGAUUCAUCGAUGAGGGAGAGGAGAACUGGCUGGUGAAUAUGUGCAAAGCGAUGUUGAAAGUCGAAGAUGUGAACUGUUUCUGCACCGACUGGAGUGGGGGGUCCCGCACCAUAUACACCCAGGCCGCCAAUAACAUCCGCGUGGUGGGGGCGGAGCUGGCCUAUUUUAUUGGCUACCUCUCUAGCAAGAUGAAAUACCCUCUGUCCAACGUGCAUAUUAUCGGCCACAGCUUGGGCUCUCACACUGCCGGGGAGGUUGGCAAGCGGAUGCCCGGCAUUGGGCGAAUUACUGGGCUUGAUCCGGCUGGGCCGUACUUCCAGAACACCCCCAUCGAGGUCAGACUGGAUCCAACCGAUGCCGUCUUUGUAGAUGCCAUUCAUACCGAUACCGACCCGCUGAUCCCCAAAAUGGGUUAUGGGAUGAGCCAGUCAGUCGCACACAUGGAUUUCUUUCCUAACGGGGGCGAGAACAUGCCGGGGUGCAGCAAACCCAUCCUGGCCAAGCUCUUAGACAUCGAUGGACUCUGGGAAGGAUCCAAGGAUAUAUUUGCCUGUAACCACCUUAGAAGCUACAAAUAUUACACUGAAAGUAUCUCGUCUCCCGAUGGAUUCGUUGGAUACCCCAGCACUUCAUAUGAAGCAUUUACAAAGGGUACCGGAUUCCCAUGUCCCACAACUGGUUGCCCAUUAAUGGGCCACUAUGCCGACGCCUUUUCCAGCCAUGGAACAAGCGACUAUUCUUAUUUCUUAAACACUGGAAGUGAAAAGCCUUAUUCACGCUGGAGAUACAGGGUCUCCGUGAAGACCACCGGCAGCGUGAAUUUCUUGGGAUCCGUCCAAGUGUUGUUAAAUGGCAUUAAGGGCAGCACCAAAGGAGAAGAGAUUGCCAGUGGGUUCAUUAAACCCGGAAGCACCUACUCAGCCUUCAUUGAUGUCGAGGCCGACGUCGGGCCCCUCAUAACCGUGAGUUUCACCUGGAAAAAGAGUCUCAUCAACCUCAUUCCAUUCACAGUCGGCGCCGAGAUGAUAACCGUGCAAUACGGGAAAGACGGACAGACAUACGAGUUCUGUGGGAAAGACGCCGUGAGAGCAAACAACCUUCAGAGCCUGACGUCUUGUUACUCGGCCACCAAAUAAUCUCAGUUAUAGAAUAUAAUGAAUAAAAAAAUAUUUCUUGUGCCUUAA